AUGAAGUGUCUGGUGAAUAUGCUUCGGUGUGAAGACGGACAAAGUGGACCCACGUAUGAAUCUCUACAGCAAGUCAUUGACAAGAAGUCCUUCAGACCUUCAGUCAACCUCAGCACCCCCACUAUCACCAACAUCUCCUUCACUCUCUACGCUAUCUUGGGAGUUAAUGAAAAAGCACAAAUUCUUACCACAUUCCUCUGGCUCAGGCUGUACUGGUUCCAUGAGUUCCUCAUUUGGGAUCCAGAACCCUGUGAUGGCAUUACGAAGAUCUCUCUUCCUGUCAAAGAUCUCUGGACUCCUGACAUUAUCGUGUAUGAGUUUGUGGAUGACGAUGUAUCUCAGGCCUGUCCUUAUGUGUAUGUGAACCACACGGGCCUCAUCCGCUAUGACAGGAUGUUGAGGCUGGUUAGCGCCUGUAACCUUGAGAUCUUCAGCUUCCCUUUCGACAUACAGAACUGCUCUUUCACCUUCGGCUCCUACAUGCAUACCAUAAAGGAUGUGCGUGUCGGUCCUGCCCUGUCCUUUACGGAGAUGACCGAAAACUCACAGCGAUACCUGCAGGCCAGUGGAGAAUGGGAGCUGGUGGUUAUACUGGGUGACUCAAACAUUUUGAAUUUUGGAAUAGACGAAUGGGACAUCAUCACUUUCUGGGUGGUGAUAAAGCGACGGCCGAUUCUGUACGUGGUGAACCUGAUCAUCCCCAGCUCCUUCCUCAUGAUCAUUGACAUCCUGUCCUUCUACUUGCCGCCGCACAGCGUGGAUCGAUCCUCCUUCAAAAUGACCCUCAUUCUGGGCUAUACGGUGUUUCUUCUCAUUAUGAACGACCUGCUUCCCAGCACUGCUAAUGGAACACCUUUAAUAGGUAUCUAUUUCUCCGUGUGUUUGGCAUUCAUGGUCAUAAGUCUACUGGAGACGGUCCUCAUUACCUGCGUUCUCCACCAUAAUUCAAUGAGGUACAGGGAGGUGCCGCACUGGGUACAGGUGCUGGUGAUGCACUUCAUUGCUCGGCUUAUUUGCUACAGUUUCCCUGAAGACCCUUUAGCCAAACUAGAGGAGAAACAAGCCACCAACCCAACGCCCAGUCGACAGACAGCCACUAAUGCUUCUGGAAGCAUGACACUGGAUGUGCCUGAACUCAGACAGAUCAGUAAGGAUCUUAGCGAGAUGAACUCUUAUUUGACCAUUCUCCGAAAGGAAGACCAUCUACAGAACCAGUGGUGCCACGUGGGAUACAUCCUGGACUUCCUUCUCUUCCGCAUUUACCUGCUGAUAAUCACAGGCUAUGCACUUGUGAUCAUAUGCAUGUGGUGCAUUUGGAUGAAGCAAUAG